AUGGAGAACUCCGUAAACAACUGCAUGAGACAUGGAGUAUUCUCUAAUCACCAAAUCAAAAUGAUACACAUAGAAGAUGAACAAAAAGAAGAGAGUGGUUGGCUAAUUUACUUUGAGGACAAUGAUCAUAAAGAUGAACUUGUCGAAGAAAUGAGUCAUUACUACGAUAAUGAAUUAUCCAUGAUCUCAAACGCUGCAUCUCCUGCUAAUAGCAUUAAUACAAACCCUAAAAAGAGACGUAUCAUCCAUCAACCCAAAGAAGAAGAACAACAAGAAAGAGAAGAAGACGAAGAAGAAGACACAACCUCUUCUCCUUCUAAUAAAACUAAGGUUAGAUACACUUGA